AUGCACCACGGCUAUCACCAUUACACCACACCUAAAGUGCGCAGCGUCAGCGGCGUUGGGGCUCUCGGCAAGAGUGGAACAGGUUCGAACAGCAUGGACAGGGCCCACAGGGGUGCAACCACACCCUCCUUCGACCCCACUCCACCCCCAUCCACACCCCACUUCCACAAUGAAGAUGAGUGCUCCACGUCGACCCCAGCCGAGCCAAUCCGUCUAACCCCAGUGCACGCUUUAAUUCUCGUCGGCGGCUUCGGCACUCGUCUUAGGCCGCUCACUCUCUCGUGGCCCAAGCCUCUCGUUGAGUUUUGCAACAAGGCUAUGAUCCUGCACCAGAUCGAGGCUCUUGUCAAGGCUGGUGUCAAGGACAUUGUUCUUGCCGUCAAUUACCGCCCAGAGGUCAUGGUCUCGGUGCUCAAGAAGACCGAGGAGGAGUACGGCAUCACCAUCAACUUCUCGGUUGAGACUGAGCCCUUGGGAACUGCUGGUCCCCUCGCCCUUGCCCGCGACAUUCUCGGCAAGGACGACUCGCCCUUCUUCGUCCUCAACUCGGACGUCACCUGCACCUACCCCUUCGAGGAGUUCCGCGACUUCCACCUCAAGCACGGAGGCGAGGGUUCGAUCAUGGUCACCAAGGUCGCCGAGCCCUCUGCGUACGGUGUCGUCGUGACCAAGCCCGGCUCGACCGUCAUUGACCGCUUCGUCGAGAAGCCCGUCGAGUUUGUCGGCAACCGCAUCAACGCCGGUAUCUACAUGUUCAACCCCUCGGUCCUCGACCGCAUCGAGCUCCGCCCAACCUCCAUUGAGAACGAGAUCUUCCCUGCCAUUGCUGCCGACCAGCAGCUGCACUCGUUCGACCUUGCUGGCUUCUGGAUGGACGUUGGCCAGCCCAAGGACUUCCUUUCGGGCACCUGCCUCUACCUUUCGCACCUCACUUCCCAGCACUCGCCUCUCCUGACCGACCCCGCUCAGAACAAGUGGGUGUACGGCGGCAACGUCAUGGUCGACCCCACGGCCGAGAUCGACCCUUCGGCGGUCAUUGGCCCCAACGUCGUUAUCGGCCCCGGCGUCAAGAUUGGCAAGGGUGUCCGUCUCCAGCGCUGUGUGAUCAUGUCCAACUCGACCAUCCGUGACCACGCCUGGAUUGCCAGCUCGAUUGUCGGCUGGAACAGCACCGUCGGUCGCUGGUGCCGUGUGGAGAACAUUACCGUCCUCGGUGACGACGUCACCAUCAAGGACGAGCUGUACGUCAACGGCGCCUCGGUUCUCCCCCACAAGAGCAUUUCGACCAACAUCACCGAGCCCCGCAUUGUUAUGUAA